AGCUUCUGCUAUAGCUUUUGCUAAAGAAGGUGCACAAGUCACUGCUACGGAUAUCAAUGGAGAGAAAACUGAAAGAGCUGGAUGGCAUUCCAGGAAUCAAAACCAAAGUUGUUGACGUUACCAAGAAAGACCAAGUCGAGGCCCUUGCCAAUGACUUUGACCAUGUGGAUGUGCUCUUCAAUAUUGCUGGAUUUGUCCAUCAUGGCUCAAUACUGGACUGUGAGGAAUCAGAUUGGGACUUCACCAUGAAUGUGAAUGUCCGUAGCAUGUAUCUGAUGAUCAAGGCCUUCCUGCCUAAGAUGCUGGCUCGUAAAGCUGAUAUCAUCAAUAUGGCGUCUGUGGCAUCCAGUAUCAAAGGAGUGGUGAACAGAUGUGUCUACAGCACAUCUAAAGCCGCUGUCAUUGGACUAACCAAAUCUGUGGCAGCUGAUUUCCUAGAACAAGGCAUCCGCUGUAAUUGCAUCUGCCCAGGAACUGUGGAUACACCAUCAUUACGGGAGAGGAUUCAGGCCAGGCCUGAUCCAGAGCAGGCUUUUAAAGACUUUAUGGCCAGACAGAGGACCGGUCGAUUGUGCACUGCAGAGGAAGUGGCGCACCUGUGUGUGUACUUAGCUUCAGAUGAGUCUACCUUUGUAACGGGAACAGAAGUCAUCAUUGAUGGAGGAUGGAGACUAUGAGAAUCAUUUGUUGCAUACAGUAAUCUUAGCGUGCAGGCAAUUCAACUCACAGAGAGCAAACUGUAGUCAUUUAUUUUCUUUAUUACUAGCCAAACAAAAAAAUAGUGCUGCAUUUUCUAAAAAAAAUUGUCUUGAUUGUGUUUAAUAUGUGUCAAAUCAUUCUUAGGCAGCGAUGUAAUUUUUCCUCUCCUGUAUUUCAUAGUUCUAAUUGUGUGAAAUUGCACAAUGUGUUAUCUGGUACUUUAAAAUAGUUAAAAAUAAUAAUAAUAACACGCCAAAUGGAAUGAA